CAUCCAUUCCGACUACGCACUCUAGUAUGGCUUCUACAUUUUCUUUUGGCGACGCGAACGCUGGCUUCCAAGCAGGCAUCAUCAACGGCCCAGUGAACAACGCGUUCCACCUUCUCCCUGAGCGGCCAGAGACUCCACCACCCCCAUCCAUAGUGAUACCUUUCGCUCGUGAUGCCGACUUUGUUGAGCGAGGUACGACGCUCGACCAGCUCCAGCGAAUAUGCGCAGUGAAAGACGCGCGGGCUGCGCUCGUCGGCCUAGGCGGCGUAGGCAAGUCGCAGCUCGCCAUCGAGCAUGCCUACCGCACCCACGAGAGGUCGCCUGAGAUGUGGGUGUUCUGGGUGCACGCCAGCAACGCGGCCCGGUUCGAGCAGAGCUUCCGCGACAUAGCCGACUGGGUCAAGAUCGCUGGGCGGCAAGAUCCGCAGGCGAACAUCUUUAAGCUAGUGCACAAUUGGCUGUAUAACUGCAAGCAGAGGUGGCUGCUCGUGCUGGACAACGUCGACGACGCUCGCUUUCUUCUCAGCGGUCAGGCAAAUCGCGACGGCCAACACCAGACCACCAACGCGCAGGUCGUUCGAAAACCGCUGCGCGAGUACCUCCCCCACUGCAACCGCGGCUCUAUCCUCAUAACAACAAGGGACAAGGGAGCAGCGCUGCAGCUAGUUGAGCAGCGCGACGUAAUCGUUGUAGAGCCCAUGAACGAGGCGCAAGCCGUAGCACUGCUGCAGAAGAAGCUGGAUGCGCAAGGAGAUAGCGGCGAUGUCGCUGAACUUGCCGCUGUGCUUGAGUACAUGCCGCUCGCUAUUGUGCAAGCUGCUGCAUAUAUCUGGCGAAGGGCACCUCGAUGCUCCGUGGCAGAGUACCUCGAAGAAUUCAGGCGCAGCGAUGGCGGAAAAAGAAGCCUGCUGAAUCACGAAGCUGGACAUCUCCGACGAGACCGAGACGCUAAGAACUCAAUUAUCGUUACAUGGCAAAUAUCUUUCGAGCACUUGCGACACCAAAAAGCGUCGGCGGCUGAACUGCUGUCACUUAUGAGCUUUUUCGACCGACAGGGAAUUCCAGAAACACUUCUCCACGGUGGCCGGGGAAUGGAGGGGCCAAACACAGCGUCUAACGCGACGAAAAGGUCAACGAGGAAGCGUGUCAAGGCAUUUUUCAGUCGUACAAAGAGUCAGCAUGAGGUCCAACAAGAGCACAGAAAUAAUGCUGAUGAUAGAGAGAGGUUUGAGAACGACAUAGGCGCGCUGCGCGAUCUCUGCUUAAUCUCUAUCAGCGCUGAUGGAGUCACCUUUGAAAUGCACAGUCUUGUGCAGCUUGCAACACAGACAUGGCUUAUAGCAAAUGGCACGCUUGAACAAUGGAAGCAGCAUUUCAUCAGCGUCCUUUGUGCAGAGUUUCCAACAGGACAGUACGAGAACUGGGCAGCAUGCCAAACACUAUUCGCGCACGCUAAGGCAGCUCUAGAACAGCGGCCGCAUGACGAUGCGUUUUUGGGAGAUUGGGCAACCAUACUCUACCGUGCGGCGUGGUAUGCGGAGAGCACAGGGAGCAUUGCUGAUGCUGUGUCGCUAGCUACGGAAUCAUUAAAAGCGCGAGAGAAGAUGCUAGGUCAUAAGCACGAGGACACGAUACAGAGCAUCGCAAUGGUGGCAGAUGCCUACUCACUUGGUGGACGAUGGAAUGAGGCUGAAAAGAUGAGAAAACAAGUGAUGGAGACUCGCAAGAAGAAGCUGGGAGCGGACCAUCCCGACACGCUGACCAGCAUGGCCAAUCUAGCCUCGACUGAGACGAGCAAGAAGAAGCUGGGAGCGGACCAUCCCGACACGCUGACCAGCAUGGCCAAUCUAGCCUCGACUUACCGGAAUCAAGGGCCGACACGCUGAGCAGCAUGGCCAGUCUAGCCUUUACGUGGAAAGCACAAGGUCGGAGUGCAGAGGCUGUUGUCUUAAUGAGGCAGUGUGUGCAGCAGCGUCAGCAAGUGCUAAAAGCCAGUCACCCCGAUCUCAAGUCAUCUUUAGCAGCCUUAGAAGAAUGGGAGGCUGAGUAAGUAGACUUAUUUCUAGUGUACGCUUAAGAGAUGCUCCUCAGAAAAGACAAAAUGUACAACUUAGUAUGUGACUUGCAAGACAGUAUUAUUUUGUCUUGUAUGUUAAGCGUAUAGGAUUGCAUUAGGCUUGUUUUUUUUUAUAGUAGUGCCUCGAGCUUGCGAGCUAGCUCACGUCUUGUCGAUCUUGGUACUCUACGAUUGGUUAAGACUAGCAAGGGUCACCCUGAGCUGACAGGGUGCUACAGAAAGGUCGCUUGGGCAAAGGGUGAGGGCGGUUUUGCAAGGUACUGUAGCGCAACUUUCGCCUCUAGU